AUGAUUUUGAUCCUAUGGAAUUUCUGUGGCUUUAUCCUAUCGGACAUUCAGGAGUCACAACCUUCAGUAUCACAAAGCAGCACUCAUUCCAUAAUUGAAGAUAGCUGGACAGGCAUUAUUGAUCUGGGCGAUUUGGACAUCUUCACGGGAGUAUCUACGAAAGAAAGUGAUCCAGAAAUUCCGAAUGUAUUCGAUUUGGGAGGAAACCUACUCACUCACUCUGCUCUUGAUUCUCCUCAGAAGUCCAUAUCAUUCACUGCCACAUCCGUCUGCCAAGCAGCUGUCAUUCAUACUGAAAUCACGUCUGCUGAUCAAGAAUUUGAUCAAAUAUUUAGCAGUUUGGAGAGCAACGCUACUUCGUCUAAUGCUUUUUCUUUCUUUCACGGGGAAGGAGACAAUCCUAAUCUUAGUCCUGUUCAGUUCACUCCACCCGAUUCCCCUUCUUCUGGAGCAGCUGAACCUAAUAUCAUUGAAAUGUUCACGGAACACUCCACGUCUUCGGUUCAUCUUGGAUCAUCGCCCAUUCCCCUUCAACUGGACGCACCUGUACUAGGAGUUUGCAAAAAAAGAAAUGUGUUCUCCAAACCUAUAGCAGCUCCUUCGCCAUCUUCAUUCAAAAAAGAACCUCUCGUCACACGCCCUGUACAAAAGUGUAACAAGAUCCCGAUCUAUAAGCAAACGAGAGGCGACGUAGCCCUAACCUACCAGAAUAGCGUGGAAGCAAAAAGAGAUUUGGAUGACGCAUAUUGUUUUGAAGACGAAGAAGAAGGUCAUUCUUUCGGCUCCAUUGAUACGAAGGAAAAGAAUGCUUUAGAGGUACGGGAAAAGUGGACAAAGGUCGCCGCACAUCAUUCUGAAGCCGCGCAUAGAAAUGUUUGUCUGUCCGGUACCAGAUUUGCACUCCUUCCUGAACAUCAGCGUGAACUUUGGGAAUAUGCCAAGAAAAAAAGGUUUUCCGGUGAGAACAAAGCUAUGAUUCUCUCAUCCGCCUUUCCUCCUUCAACGCCUACCGAGUUGAGGAAUUCUGCAGGUCACGUUAGCCAUUUUUCUUGA